GUUAAUAAUAAUAAUGAUAUGACGACAGGAAAUAUUUGUUCGCCAACACCCGAAGUCAAACGUGAACGUCCCUAACACCGCUACUGUUUGCUCAUUCGUUAAUUAUUGUUAUUAUUGUCAAUUAUUCCAUCCGCUGUACAGUUAAAAAUAUUAAUAUUUAAAAUUCCUGUUGUUGAACAAAGUAGAUAUCAUAGGUGUUAUACAGUAUUUUAAUACACUUUUCAAAAUGAAGAAAAUCGCUAUAUUCGGUGGCACUGGCAUGACUGGAUUGUGUACUGUAGAAGCCGCUUUAAAACAAGGUAAAUUUAUAAAGGUUGAAAGUUACUGUGUGGUUGUUUUAAUUAAAUGUUUAAAUUUUGCCCUGUUGGCGAUUAACUAAAUCAUUUUCAUUGGUAUUAGGAACAUAUAAAUAGCAUUUAAUUUCCAUAUAGGUUUAGAAGUACGAGCACUAAUGAGAGAUCCAUGCCGUAUGCCUGAAGAACUACGUAAUCAGGUGGAAAUAGUGACUGGUGACGUAUUGGUCAAAGAGGAUGUGGAGAAGGUCGUCGAGGGUAGAGAUGCAAUUGUUGUAACUUUGGGAACCAGAAAUGAUCUUGGUAGGUGUUACUAUAAAUAAUAAAUAAAUAAUAUCCUUAUUAUCUAUGGGUAUUAGGUUGUUUUCGACCAGUCUAGUUCUUUUGGUCAAUUGACAACAAAAUGUAUUGAUUAAAAAUAUUUGUAAAAUAAUUAUAUUCUUAGAUCUAAAUUGCAUUUUAAUAUUUCUAAUAGAAUUUUCUGAUUUAUGACAUUUAAAAAUUAUUUAUCAAUUACAAUGUAUUCAUUAAUUUGUAAUUAUAACUACCAAGUGGGUAAUAAAAAGGUAUACAUUUAUGAAAUAUUUUAAUUUUCUGAACUAAAGUAAUGUAUUAAAUAAAAAGCAGCACAGUGUACAAUUUAUAUUAUAGUUUGUAAUUAUUUAUUUAUUGAACAUUAACCAUAAUUUGGCUGGUCAAAUGUCCAUAUUUUGACAGAGUACCAAUCCUAGUAGUUAUUAAUAUUACAUUGUAAAAUCUCACAGUUGUAUUGUACCUAUCAUUAAUUACUUGAUUCUUCUAGCUCCUACCACUAUAAUGUCUGAUGGAUUGAGGAACAUUUUGUGGGCGAUGGAAAAAAAUAAUGUGAAAAUUCUAUCUGUGUGCUUAUCCAGUAAUUAUUGUUUAUACACCAUUAAGAUAUAUGUUUGAUUUUAAAUAAUAUUAUUAAAAAUAAUUUGUUUAUUUUUAGCUUUUUUAUUUUACGAUAAGCCCAAAGUACCAGCAAUGUUCCAUGGGAUCAAUGAUGAUCACGAACGUAUGUUGCAUUUGCUACAGGCAUCCGAAAAUCUAGAUUGGAUUGCUGUAAUGCCACCACACAUCGGGAGUAAUCCAUCGGGUGAAUACAGUGUGGAAAUUGGAUCAUCACCUGGACGUGCCAUAUCGAAAUAUGAUUUAGGCAAAUUUAUGAUUGAAUGUUUAACUAAACCCGAAUACUAUAAACAGAGAUGUGGUUUGGCGACCAAAGUGCCUGUUCCAUGAAAGUUUAACAUUUAACCAAACAUGGAAAAUAAUUCAGUAGAUGAUAAACGAAUAAUAUUUGGAUAGGUAAAUCGUGAAAUAAGGAAAUGUAUUAACAUAAUUACUAAGAAAUCUGAUAUUUAGUGUUAAAAUAUAUCAAAAUGUUAAUGUUUUUAUUCUUCUGUUUUGAACAAUUUUAUUUAUUAAAAAGACAAUAAUAUAUCUAUUUUCCCUUCUUCUUCUUUUUGUACUGUCCUCCUUUUCGGUGUUGAAGCCUAGGUGCAUUUUCAGAAGGCAAUUGAGUCGUCUGAGUUUUUGGUUGAGCCGCAAUAUUUUUGAUGUUGCUAAAAAAAUCAUACAUAUUAAUAUUUGGUAUUCUAAUAAUACCUGGGCAAUAAACUUAAAAUACCAUGGACCGAGAGGGUAAUGAAUAAGGAGG